UUAGGCGCUUUGACAGGCGUGAGCAUUCUGACACAGAAACAUGGCUGUACGUCUCUUUGAGGAGAAAGAUCAUGCAUCUGCUUACCUGCAGUACAGAGUAGCCCCCCAAGAAUUAAUCAGCAGGAUUAUGAACUACAUGGAGAAAAAGUCACCAAAACAACUCAGCCUUGCGGUGGAUGUGGGCUGUGGUUCAGGGCAAGGGACGCAGUGUCCGGCAGAAGAGUUACCGUUUGCUUCCGGUGAAGUGGACCUUGUGACGGCUAUGACAGCGGCCCACUGGUUCGACCGCCAGAAGUUCCUCCUGGAAGCUGACAGGGUGCUGAGGCCUGGAGGCUGCCUGGCUCUCCUGAGCUACACCAUGGACAUGGAGCUGGAGUAUGGGGACGUCUCCAACACGCUCAAUGACAUCUGUAAAGAGUUUUAUGCUGCCCUGCUUCCUUUCCGAAAUCCUUACAUAGGAUCAAGCUCUGUGAAGAUCUACGCAGACAUGUUUGACUCCUGCCCAUAUCCAGAAAAAGAUUGGAAUGAGUGUCUCCAUGUAAAAAAGAUUGUGCCACUGACUGGGUACAUUGGCAUGGUGGAGACCUUCUCCAGCUAUCAGAAACUGCAACAAGUGGACCCCGCUGAGGCUGAACGUCUUUCUAAUGACAUCAGGAACAAGUUGCUGUCUGCCAUGAAGGCGUCUUCUCCUGACACAGAAGUUACAUUGGUAGUGAAGUAUUUCUAUUGGCUGGCAUGCAAACCUUGAUCAUUCUGUCUGGAUCCUGUACACCAUGUGUUUCUCAACUGUUUUUGCAAAACAAACCAAUGUCUAAUUUGGCCAGUUGUGACCAGCUCAGCCAUAAAUACCUUGUGUUUUUUAACACCCAAAAAGCUAAAAUGACUCAACAAAAAGUCUAAAUAAACCACAGUUUUUUUUUUGUUGUGGAAAUGCAGAUUUAUCUUGAGAAAGCUCUUGGGGGUCUCAAUCCCCAGAUUGGAAGACACAGCUGUAGAAAUCCAGGUGUAUACAAAUAUAUUAUAUUGGGAAUCUCUUGAAAUGUAAAGUUGGAUCUAUAUAGCCUGAUUUUAAAACAAACAUGUCUUAUCUUCAUUAUGUUUUUUUAUAAAAAUAUAUUUUCUAAAAUGGAUACUAACAAUUUUUGUAAUAAACCUGCAGUUAAAUCAGAUUCAGGCUUAUGGAUGUUGACCUCUGGAAUGAACACUAGAUGGAGCCCUCUCAUACGGUGAUGAUGAGUAUCCAGUUGAAGUCCACUUGAGCCUUAUUUACAGUCUUAAAAUAGUACUUUUCUCAAAUGAACUUUUACUAAAGUGAGAGAAAUCCACUUUCUUCCAGAAUGUCCCUACAUUGAAGUGCACUGCACUGAAAACAAGCCAUUAGUCUCUCACAUUCAUAAGAAGAUACGCAGAUAUUUGAUUUGAAGAAAGUUGGAUUAUUAUACUGUAGAUGCGUUGAAUAUGAACUAAUCAUCACUAUGUUCAUGGAAAUUUAAUCCAGGCACCAUUUGGUUUUCUCCAAAAUGUAUGCAACUAUGCAAAUGAGAUGGGAAUAAAAUCAG